AAAGCUAACCAAUCAAGUGUAGAUAUUGCGACGAAUGCAUAGUUCCCAUUGUACUAGCGUCAAUAACAACAGAGACAACCCGAAAAUGUGAGUAAUAUUUGUCYUUUCAAAGCAUAUAUUUGUAAGGGACUAUGUUUAGGCUCAGUAAGAGCAACAAGUCUGGUGGUGGCCUUGCUGGUUUCAUUGAACAAGCAAAUGUUCAGUGAGUGGAUCGAAACGCUUAGCAGCUACUCAACCUCAUCUGUUGCUAUGUGUUGACCUUCGAAGCCCCUUUGCUGGCUCAAGUCAUAAGGUAAAGUUUUCAACGUAAGGUAUGUCUCCAGAGGGUAAACCCCAAAGUUCCCCACUUGGUUUCAGUCCCAUCAGGGAGGAUCUCCCUCUGAGUCGUCGUGACCUAGASAACAGUGAUGAACCAGAAGAAGGGAACAGGGCGUGCACUAGUGUCCAGGCAAGAGCUGAGUCUGGCCCCGAGAACUUCAGUAGUGGGAAGAGCCCUUUUCUGAAAGUCCUAAUAGAUGCAGAAGCUGCUUCCAGCGCUGCAGCAAUCCAGCUUGUGGCUUUCAAAGACGCAGUGGACAACGAAUUUGCUAGCUCUGGGAAGUCUACCAAAGACAAAAGCCAAAUCACCCGCCAGAAAGGACUUUUGCUGGAGAAGUUGGAAGAAUUCAGGCGUCUGAAUAAAUCAGUGCGACAGAAGCUAAAACAACUUCAAGAUGCAGAGGUAUAUCGAAUUGAUGCUGACAGAAAGAUGGAAACCUUACUGAAAUGGAUCAGAAACGCUGAAAGUGAAAAUGAGAAUUUAAAAAAAGACCUCGAUGACACGGAGAAGAGGAUUGAUAAACUGAUGGAUUUGCGGAGAGAAGAGCAGGAGAACAUUAAAAGCUUAGUUCACACCACCAAGUCCAUUGAAACAACUCGUGCUCACCUGCAGGGGCAGCUGCGCAACAAGGAAGCAGAGAACAAUCGCCUGACUGUGCAUUUUCGGAGCCUGGAGAGAACUGUAGCAGAGCAGAGGUCAGAGAUUGAUCAGCUGAAGACAUCCUUCGCCUCCCUGACCAAAAAGGCUGUUAAGGACAAAGAAUCUCUGAGGAAAGCUGCACAAGCACAGAAACUGAGAGCAGAGAGAUUCGAAGCUGCCAUAGAAAAGUGCAAUGCACAGCUAAAGGAAAAGGAUUCCCUGCUGGCUAAAGCCCGUUCAGAAAGAGACUCCAGGAGACGGCGAAAGGAGCAGGUGACGGAUGAGAAACAAAAUCUUGUUGCUCAAAUAGACCUUAUGAAAAGUGAAUUGGCAGAGUUGACACUGAGGCUUCAGAAAGAGAGGGACGAGCUAACUGCAGCUAAUGAAAGAAUGGCGCAAAGCCUCGACAAACUCAUUGCUGACAACAGGGACCUCACCAUCACUAAUGCAAUACUCAAGACGUCCGUGGCUCAGUUGGAGGAGCAGCUCGCUGAUUGUGAGUCGGCGCUCGUUGAAGAGAAGACAGUCUCGCUAGAAAAGAAACACGAAGCGGAACAAUGCCACUUUCAGAUUGCAGAACUCAAAGCUGAGAUCGACAGCCUUCAAAUAAAAUAUGCAAAUCUGUUGAGGGAAACAAGAACGACACAAGACGUGAAAGAAACAGAAGUUGAGAAGGUGAGGCAGGAGCUGCAGGGACGCAUAGAGGAGCUGAGAGUUUACCCUGAGUUACUGGGUGAAGCCGAGCAGAGUCUCCUCCAAUGCCAGGAGAACCUGCGCAGGUUGGAGAGGCAGUGUUCGGAAAAAUCAGAGUCCGUUAAGGAACUGCAGUUUAAGAUGGAGACUCAAAGUAAACAGCUGAGAUCAUCUCUGGAGAUGAAAGAUUCUGUUCAUGAGGCCAAUUUGAAGGUACAAGAAAAAGUGAAUUCUCUCCAGAGAAAAAUCGACCAGAUGCAGCAGGAGAACCAGGAGCUGGUCCGAAAGCUGGCGGCUCAGGACGAGGCCCUAAGCUACAGCAACCGGGAGCUGGAUCAGCGCUCCUCGGAGUGUCAGGCUCUGAAUCGGCAGCUGGAAGCUGCUUUGUCGGAUGUCAGAGAGCAGGUGAGUAAAGUAAAAAGCCAGACUUCCUCCAGAGAAGAGGCCCUGCAGACGAAGAUCCUGCAGCUUCAGGCUGAGCAGAGCAGAAGGAAUAAUGAGCUGAAGCUUCUUCGUGAGAGCAAGCAAAAUGCGGAGAAACAGUUUGAGGUGCGACUGAAGAACCUGCAGCUCAGUCUGGACCAAUCAGAGACCCACAAACGCAGCAUUCAGAAUUACGUUGAUUUCCUCAAAAAAUCUUACAUGACAAUUUUUGAUGAAGGGCUACAAACAUCAGCUUUUGGWUCAUCGUAUUUCCUAAAAUGAUGGUUUGCAUUUUGUGUGUGUGCACACUGUAAUAUUUAUAUCAAGUGAGAGUCAAGAUGAAGAAAUUUUAUUGAGAGACAAUAACUGCUGCAUAUGGUGAUAAUGGUGAUAACCCCAGAUUUAUAGAGGUUUUGAUAGCUCUUUUAGCUCAGGUCCAAAGAAGAGGCUGUUUCAUAUUUUGUUAAAUGGAUUCACUCUGUAAAGGUGCUAAAUCCUGGAGCUGCAUUUUUCAACAUUGUUAAAAUGGUGCAGCAGAAAAAAUGAUYGUYAUCUGUGCACUCUGGUGAUGUGGUUGAUUUUUCUACUCUUUUAAGAGAAAGUUGUUGAAAACAAAAACAUCUACGUUAAUCUGGAAACUAGAAUGAUGAAUGGUAAAUUGUUUUAUCCAAAAAUUUACUUCUGAUUAUUAAUAUUUCUACAAUGUAACAUUUGAGCAAUAAUGCCUAACUGUCAAUUUUCCUUCUAUGCUAUUGGCUACAGCAGUAUGACUCUUUAUUUUAAUAAUUUAAGUUGUAGAAGACAUAUCUAAACUCUUUAAGCACAUUUUUGUGGCUUUAAGGAUGUGGUUUGUGUUUUCUGUGGACUCUGAAUGUUAAGUCUUCGUUUCAAAGAGUUGAGAGGUCAGAACCUCAAACAUUUCACUGAGGAUAAUUAAGCCUGGUGGAGGGGAUUUAGAAAACUAAGACUCGCUGUUUGUUGAUGACAGGAAGCUGCCUGAAAAUACAGGGUGUUGCACAGAGAAGGCUUCCACUUCCUGUGUUUAGCAUAUUGUCCGGGUGUAGUUGAUUUGAAUUCCUGAAAAUCAUCAUUCCCUUUUUAAGGAUGCAUCUUCAGAUUGAGCAGAUGGUUUAAGGUCAAGGGACAGAUGGAUUUGUUUCUAAGCUCUUUAGUCUAGCCAGUAGCCAGUUGGUUAAUGACUUCUGUUUUCUUUGCACACACAAUUGGUUCCCAGUCCUGAGCUUGCAUCAUGUCAAGUAUGUAGAUCAAUUGUCAAAUCUGAUUAACUUAGGCUUCCCACAUGUUGGACAUUAUUUUAUUUUUAUUUUGUCUUUGGUGAAUGGUAUAUGGAUUGUUUUUUGUUAGUUUUUUUUUUUUUUACUGGAAACAUGUUCCUUAAUUUACCUCUUGUCUUGUUGGAGAUCUCUGGCCUGCAUGAUCUCAGGUGUCCCAGGUGAGUAAGGUAAAAAGCCAGACUUCCUCCAGAGAAGAGGCCCUGCAGACGAAGAUCCUGCAGGGCCACAGAGAGUGUUAUCUCUCUGUGGUCU